UGUGCACCGCCCCCUUUCCCCGGGCUGCCCAACCAGCGUCCCGCGCCCGCCUGUGAUUUUAAUGAGGCUGUGUGAUGAAGUGGAAAUAAUUUCUUGCAGCGGCAGAUCCUCUUUGCUUCACUUCCCCCGUGCAGCGCUGCCCGUGCGGGCCCCUCUCUUGUUGCGUGGGCUGAGUCUGGGAGGGGGAAGUUGAGUGUUGCUUGCGACUACCCCGGAGUAGCGGGCAGGCGGUUUGUUCAGCCUGACCCAUUCGUGAGUGAUUUUUUAAAACCCCAUGCGAUCUCAGCGAAUGGACGGGCGUCAAGUCGUUCGGUGAGAAUCUGCAUAGCCGAACCUGCAUUCCUGGAGUUGUCGUACCGCGAGGCGAAGUGACGAGGAGAGCAAGCGUGGAGCUUCUGCUGGACGCUGCCAACCCCUUCUGAUGUGCUAUAGGGAUGUGGCUGUAUGAAUUUGCAAUUGUGGUAGCAUUUGCUGCUUACCCUGCAGCGGAACAGACAGGGGGAUAUGGCCCACUGUUUUUGGAGGAGCCGGAAGAUGUGACAUAUUUGGUAGAGUCCUCUGAGAAAAAGGUCUCGUUCCGGUGUAGAGCCAGUGGACACCCUCCCCCACUCUACAGGUGGCUGAAGAAUGGGACGGAGGUUCCGAUCACGGGACACUACAGCCUGGCAGGGGGAAACCUGAUCGUGAGGAAUCCAUCCGAGGGUCGAGAUGGUGGCGUGUUCCAGUGCCUGGUCACCAACUCCGUCGGAAGCAUCAUUAGUGUGGAAGCCAGACUACAGUUUGCCUACUUGGAAAGUUUCCGGAGCAAGCCCCGGGGCACGGUGGCCGUGAGACAGGGCCAGGGAGUGGUGCUCAUAUGUGCUCCUCCACCCUAUUCUGGCGAGCUGACGUUUGUCUGGCUCUUCAACGAGAUGUACGACUACAUGCGUUCGGACGGGCGGCGCUUCGUGUCGCAAGUGACUGGAAACCUCUACAUCGCCAAGGUGGAGGCGACCGAUGUGGGGAGCUACACUUGCAUGGUCCACAACACGGUGACCAACACUCGCGUCGCCAGCCCUCCGACUCCUCUCCUCAUCAAGUCUGGAAGAAGCAUGGGGGAGUACGAACCGAGAAUCGAAGUGGGCUUUUCACCAAAGACUCACACCCUGCUGGGUCACACUGUCAGGCUGGAAUGUUUUGCUCUCGGAAACCCCGUGCCCGUAAUAUCGUGGAGGAAAAUAGACGGACAACUACCAAGUAAAGCAUAUCUGAUGGAAGCGAAUGCAGUUUUGGAGAUACCCAAUUUCCAGCACGAAGACGGUGGCAAUUAUGAGUGCAAUGCAGAAAACGUGGCCGGAAAAAACUCUGCUCAAGGGAAAAUAACAGUGUACGCUCCCCCCCACUGGAUCCAGCCCAUUGGUAAUGUGGAGCAGGGCAUUGGAGACAAGCUGUCCUGGGACUGCAAGGCGGGAGGGAAGCCCCCUCCUACUUACCGCUGGCUCAGGAAUGGAGCGCCCCUGCCAUCAGAGAGCAGAUUCAGCGUGAUGGCAAACGGAGAGCUGAUACUGCAAGAGCUUCAGCCGUGGGACAGGGGCAUGUAUCAAUGCCUGGCCGAGAAUAAACACGGCAGGAUUUAUUCACACGGAGAACUCAGAGUAAAAGCCUCAGCGCCUGAUUUUCGAAGCAAUCCCAUGAAGAGGGUGACUCCAGCUGCAAGAGGGGGCCAGGCUGUCAUCAAAUGUGAGCCGAAGGCCUGGCCCAGGCCCUCGUUCACAUGGACCAAGGGGAACGCAAUGGUCAUUGACAAUGAGCGGAUGAGCAUAACGCAGAAUGGGAGCCUCUGGAUUCGGAGUGUAACUGAUGAAGAUGCCGGCACCUACACCUGCACGGUGGAGAAUCACCUUGGGAGCGCUAACAGCACCGGCAGAUUAAUAUUGAAAGAAUCGACCCGCAUCACUGUGGUGCCCUCGCUCAAGAUGGUUUCAGUCGGGGAGAGUAUUGUGUGGCCCUGCCAAGCAUCCCACGACCCAUCCCUGGAUAUCGUCUUUGUGUGGUCGCUCAACGGGCAGCGAAUCGACAUGGAGAAGGACGCGGAGCAUUACCAGCUCUUGCAAGGGAGGGAAAACGUGGGAGACCUGAUGAUCAAGCGGCUACAGCUGCGGCACCGCGGUAAUUACACGUGCACCGCCCAGACGUCCGUGGACAACACGUCAGCCUGGGCCAUGCUGAUGGUCAGAGGACCCCCUGGGCCUCCUGGGGCUGUGGUGGCCGAGGAGGCGACGAGCACGACCGUGCGGCUCGCCUGGAAACGAGGGAGCAACAAUCACAGUCCCAUCAUCUCGUACAAAAUCCAGGCCAGGGCUCUAGUGGCAUCGACGGAGUGGCUUAAUGUGCGCACGUCUCCAGAUAUAAUUUCUGGAGACUCUGAACAGGCGACGGUCGUUGGUCUCACACCUUGGAUGGACUACGAAUUCACAGUACUUGCCAUCAACGCUUUGGGGGAAAGUGAAGCCAGUCGCCCAUCAAGAAUGAUUAAGACCCUAUCAGCUGGUCCAGAAUUGUCACCGGAGGGGCUUGGAGGAGGAGGUGGCCACCAGCAUGAGCUCGUCAUCACGUGGCAGCCCGUGGCGCCGCAGUUCCAGUACGGGCCGGAUUUCGGCUACAUCCUGGCAUUCCGGGAAAAUGGCACCAGAGCCUGGCGCCAAGUGACCAUUCCGAAGGCGGAAUCACGCCGAUACGUCUACCGCAGUGACAAUCUGGCUCCCUACGCGCCCUUCGAAGUGAAAAUCAAGAUGUACAACUUCAACGGGGAAGGACCUUUCAGCAACGACACCAUCGUUUAUUCGGCAGAAAACGCACCAAAAGUUGCUCCGUCCAACGUGACUGCGAGGAGCCUGACGUCGGCAGAAGCAGAGGUGUCCUGGAGAGCUCCGCCUCUCACCUCCAGCGCAGAGCGCAUCACCGGCUAUGAAAUUGUGUACUGGAAAAAGUUUGAGGGAGAGCUGAUGGCAGAGAGUGCACGGACAGAUGGCCUGGAAUCUAGCGCGGUGCUCCAAAGUCUUACGGGCAGCACCGAUUACCAACUGGUCGUGAAGGCAUACAACAGCGGAGGCACGGGACCACCCAGUCACAUCGCCCAGCUCAUCACCAAGAAGCCUCCACCUAGCAAACCUCCAAAAAAUAUCGACUUGAAGCAGGAUGGCACCAAGGUUACAUUACACUGGGACCCGGUAAUUGCCAUGGAGAAUGAAUCAGCUGUCACUGGAUACAAGGUGUCGUACGUGUCACUGGACAGAGGCACUGACAAAGAGAUCAUAACCAAUGGCACCGGCGUGGAGGUGGUGCUGCCAGACGGGGGAGUGUAUUCAUUCGAGGUGCAGGCUCAGAGCGACGGAGGCCUGGGAGCCUCGAGCUCACAAAUGAAGAUACCCGACAGAACAGGGAUGAAGUUGGGAAGAGGACGCAACAAUUCAGCAGGAAUUGACGUGUGGAGUGUAUGGGGCCUCAUUUCACUGGGAGUGCUUGCCACUGGGAGGAAUGGACUUUUAUGAGGAUGGGAAAUUAUGGAGAAUUUCAAGAAUUAAAACUGCACUGAACUGCUAAUGCUUAUGUGGUCCUUGAAUUUGAAAUAAAGAAUCACAGGUACAAAAUGGUAAAUUAAACAUUGUGUUCAAUUAACGUGUUUUAUAUGUGCUCACUGUUUAUUUCGAAAGGUACGUGCAUUGUAUUGGGAUUUCACUGCAGAAUUCUACCCUCUUUUAAAUUCACCACCGCUCCCUUAUUUCACAAUUUUCUGUAAUGCAUUGGAAUAAUGGUUUUAAUUACAAAAUCACUUGUAGAAGUCUUCAUUUUCUUGACAAUGUAUUUUGCUGAACAGAAAUACGAAUGGGGAAGACACAUGUAAAAUAAAGACAUCAAUUUUGUUUUUAAAGUCGAGGAAGAAAACAAAAUGAAGGGACACUUUUCUACGUUUACAUUUUUCUGAAAGUUGUCAAGUAAUGUUUGCUUGCUUUGAUUAUGUAAAGUUGUAAAUUACUUUUCACGCUUAAGUGAAUUGACAAUGCCCACUUUCCUCUGGGACUGCAUCCUUGCCAACGUUUCUCAAACAUACAACACAAGAAAGCACGAAUCAUCGUAGAACAUCGUAGUGUUAAAGCACAUGAUAUUUACCCAUGUGUUACGUAUUUCGUUCUAUUGAUGCAACCCAAUGUGAUCUGCACCUAUAUUGCUGAGCAAAAUGGCAUAUGAACCUCAUGGCGGUACCCCCCGGGAUUUCAUAGUACCCCGGCUCUCGCAUAAUGUCCGUGAUCUAGUCAUUUUUAGUCUGUUGAUGGUCAGCGAUGCGGCAAUCGACUCAUCUCGACGAGCUGUACACGACUACGGUGCGUACGAGCGUUCAGGGUUUCAGCGCAAUCAUUGUCCUCGCUACAUUCCGACAUCUCGGAGUGGCACUGAUUUUGGAUUGAUUGGUACCCCAGUCGCGGAGUUAAGUACACCCCUGGAAAAAAAAGUGUCCCAGAAAUAAAAUAUUUAAUUGCCUUGGCCAUUUAGUAUUCUUUGGUACCCCGUGGUACCGCCAUAAGGAUCAUAUGGUUUAAACAAAACCAUUACAAAGUAUAAUUGAAAGAUUGCUUGUUGUGGAAGUUGUUUAGGUCUUAUAAUGAACUUAAUCUCCAAACUGAACACAAGGAAAAAUAAAUAAACUCACUCGUGCUAUUUUGUGGUCAACACACAGGCAAAUUAGUUCUGAUGUUAUUUUUGAGUUUUCCCCACCAGUGUACCUCAUAAGUCUUGUAAAUUCUAUCAUUCCAAGGUGGAGAAAAUCAGAUUUCAGGAACGGGAUAUGUCUUAGCAGUAGCGGGAGCAGCCGUGUUCCAUAAUGCACUGCGUUCAUGGUAAAUUAAGUGCAUUGCUUAUUUAGUGAUAUUUAUCAGACAUUUUGUAUCAUGGUUAUUUCAUGUAUUUUGGGAAUGAAAUAUCAAGCGGUACUGUAGUUUAAACUGUUAUUUAAGAUUCCUUGUUUUUUUAUUUCAAAUUUUUUGGAAUGUAUUAUACUAGCUGUGAUGUUCUUCAAUAUAAAAUCCUGACAUUGUA